CAAUAACUGAAAAUAUCUAUUUUUAUUCUUUAACUUGAAUCUCGAAUUAAAAAAAAACUGUGUGAUUACAAACAUUAAAUAUUGUAGCUUUCCCCUUCUUGUUCCACUUUCCUUCGUCUCUCACUCAAGUUUUCUCUUUUCCCCUUUAAAUCAGAUUACUAAUCCAUAUCCAUUCUCUUCAGUCUUCUCUUUCCACCCUUCUCUGAUUACUGUUUCGUUGGAUGAAGAACAGAGAGAGUCAAAGUCUCUGUCUUUAAUGGGCAAUUCAUGCCGCCGAUCUUCCAAAGACAAAAUCCACCAAGGCAAUAAUAACAACACUAAGCCUGAAGAUAACAACUCCAAAUCCUCAGAUCGCUCUACAGAGAUCAUCAUUCCUCAAGAACUCCCCAAAGAAGCUCACAAGGAUCCAGCUCUCGUUAUCCCUCUAAAAGAACCAAUCAUGAGACGCAACAUGGACAACCAAGCCUACUACGUUCUCGGCCACAAGACCUCAAACAUCCGCGACCUCUACACGCUUAGCCGUAAGCUAGGACAAGGCCAGUUCGGGACAACUUACCUCUGCACGGAGCUCGCCACUGGGGUUGACUACGCUUGCAAGUCGAUAUCCAAGAGGAAGCUGAUCUCUAAAGAAGAUGUUGAGGAUGUUAGAAGAGAGAUUCAGAUCAUGCACCAUUUGGCUGGUCACGGCAACAUUGUUACCAUCAAGGGAGCUUAUGAGGACUCUCUGUAUGUUCACAUUGUGAUGGAGCUUUGCGCUGGAGGGGAGUUGUUUGACAGGAUUAUUCAGAGAGGGCAUUAUAGUGAGAGGAAAGCUGCUGAGCUGACUAAGAUCAUUGUGGGAGUUGUGGAAGCGUGUCAUUCGCUUGGUGUUAUGCAUAGAGAUUUGAAGCCUGAGAAUUUCUUGUUGGUUAAUAAGGAUGAUGAUUUUUCUCUCAAGGCUAUUGAUUUUGGACUGUCUAUCUUUUUCAAACCAGGUCAAAUAUUCACUGAUGUUGUUGGGAGUCCAUACUAUGUUGCUCCUGAGGUUUUGCUCAAACGUUAUGGGCCUGAAGCUGAUGUGUGGACCGCUGGUGUUAUACUCUAUAUAUUGCUAAGCGGAGUGCCACCGUUCUGGGCAGAAACACAGCAAGGGAUAUUUGAUGCUGUGUUGAAGGGAUAUAUCGACUUUGAUUCGGACCCUUGGCCUGUGAUAUCAGACAGUGCUAAAGACUUGAUCCGCAGAAUGUUAUGCUCCAAGCCGGCAGAACGCUUGACCGCUCAUGAAGUCUUGCGUCAUCCAUGGAUCUGUGAGAACGGUGUUGCACCAGAUAGAGCACUUGAUCCGGCUGUUCUAUCACGUCUCAAGCAGUUCUCUGCAAUGAAUAAACUAAAGAAGAUGGCUUUGAAGGUUAUAGCUGAGAGCCUCUCGGAAGAAGAGAUUGCUGGUUUAAGGGAGAUGUUCCAGGCAAUGGAUACUGAUAACAGCGGUGCAAUCACAUUUGAUGAACUCAAAGCUGGGCUGAGGAAGUAUGGAUCCACCUUGAAGGACACAGAGAUCCAUGAUCUAAUGGAAGCGGCUGAUGUGGAUAACAGUGGGACAAUAGAUUACAGCGAGUUCAUUGCAGCGACCAUCCAUCUCAACAAACUUGAACGUGAAGAACAUCUUGUGGCUGCGUUUCAGUACUUUGACAAAGACGGAAGUGGUUACAUAACGAUAGACGAGCUGCAACAGGCGUGUGUUGAACAUAGUAUGACUGAUGUUUUCCUUGAAGAUAUCAUCAAAGAAGUUGAUCAAAACAAUGAUGGAAAGAUUGAUUAUGGUGAGUUUGUGGAGAUGAUGCAAAAGGGAAAUGCUGGUGUUGGGAGAAGAACUAUGAGAAAUAGUCUGAACAUUAGCAUGAGAGAUGCGUAGAGGUUGUUGCUUUUGCAUGUGUGUGUUUAAUCUGUUGACUGCAAAGGUGUGUUCUUGUUCAUGGGAUCAACAAAUCUCAAUGCUCACCACAUAGAAGAAGAAGGAGAAAGAGAUGUGGAAGAUUGAGCUAAUGUUUAACUACAUUGUGACUAAUAGCUACCUCUUUGUGGUUGUUUGUAUGUUUGUUUGUUAUGGCCAUUGUUGAAGUUAGUGACCUUUUGUUUCAUCUUCAAACUGUUCAAUCUUUGUAUUUGUAAAACGAAAAAUAUCUUUUUAUCUUGUGUGUUUCUUUUCUAAGCA